AUGUUGAAAGUCUACAUGAUGGAGCGCGACUUGUGGGGAUUCUUCGAUGGGUCGGCAUCGAAGCCCACGUCGGACGCUUCAACCGCGGAGAAGGAAGCGUGGGUGCGCAAGGACAAAAAGGCGUUUGCCUUUCUUGUCUCCAAGCUAAGCCUCCAACUCGUCCCGAUCGUGAGCCCUUGCAUCGACCGUGACGGCGCGACUCGUGAAGCGUGGAAGCGACUCGAAGGAGAGCACGUCUCCAAGUCGCUUCAUAGCAAGCUUCAAGCCCGCCUCGACUUCUUCACGGUGCGGAUGAAGGACCGCGAGUCAAUACGCGCGUACGUUAACCGCGUGGAGGAGCUUGGCGAGCGCUUGGUGGAACUCGACGCGAGCGUGGAGGACAACGAUUGGAUCAUGACGCUCCUCGCGGGCCUCAGUGAAGCAUGGUCAACGGUGAUCACGAUGUUGGAUGGGACGCAAGAUACCUGGAAGAAGGAGCAAGUGGUGGCACGCCUCAUCAACGAAGAGGCGAGGCGCGCGAAGUUGCAUGGCGAUGCAAUCGGCGCGGCACACUUCUCCCGCGAUGCGAAGGCGAAAGGGUCGGGUCACUUCAAGCGGCGCAACGACGGCAACAACCGCGGGAGUUUGGACGGGAGCGCGGCGGCCUCAAGCUCAUCACGAGGAGGAUCGGCCAACGCCAAUCGAGCUCGGGCGCGAGAGGGAGCUUGUCGGUUGUGCAAGAAGACGGGACAUUGGGUUAACUGA